AUGGAGGAUCCUGAAGUCGCGCCAGAGACGCCGGUGCUCGAGUACGGCGCCGCGUCGCCGGUCACAGAAAUGAGCCGCAUGGUCCGCUCCGACCUGCGCCACCACUACAUCUUCUCCCGCGUCCGCGACUUCUUCUCCGGCGGCGACGCAGCGAAGGCAGAUGAGCUGACACGCCAGCUGGACCGCAACUUCACGGAUGGCACAGCGAACUUCAUGGUGGUGCACGAGAUGCUGCAGGGCACCGGGGCGAACACCCUCCUCUUCACCUACCAGCCGGCGGGGAGUGAGAAUGGUGUGGCGGCGAGGGAUGCGGGCGCUAACGGCAAUGGUGCCGCAAAUGGUCAGACCGGCGAUAAGAUCAUCACCGCGAACGCCGCAGCUGCUUUCGCUUCCCAGCCGGGCGGCGACGACGUGCUGCGGGUGCUGGACCCGACGAAGGACGCCAUCCAGCACAUCGCGAAGCGCUUCGUGUACGUGAUGCGGUCUGACACGGGUAAGCCGAUCAACAGCAAGGAUAUCGCGCAAGCCGUGCAGGAGAUCUCGAUGGGCGUGAUGCAGGCGAACGUGUUGGCGAGCUACGAGCACCUCAUCACGGAGGUCUACACGCCGCUGCUGAACCGUCGGCGCAGCUGGGGCAAGAACACCGCGGACGAGAAGAAUCAGUUCAUCCUGAGCCUCAUGCAGUACGCUGACCGCGUGAACGAGCUGCAGCAGCUGAAGGACGACACGACGACGCUCACCCCCGUUGCGGAGGCUACCUGGAAGCAGCUGAAGAGCGGCGGCGUCAGCAAGCGCAGCGGGAUCAGCGACAGCAACGUCGUGUCCACCCUCGCCCAGACGGUGGACUCGUGGAUUCACACCGUCAACGAGGCGGUGGCCGACGUGCCGAACUACGAGGCGGAGCUACAGGACGAGCGGGCCGGCCCCAAGACGGAGAAGGAGCUGUGGAAGACGCGCCUGGCGAAGCUGCGGCUGCUGGAGGAGCAGCUGCAGAACGUCUCCGCCGCACAGGCCGUGCAGUACCUGCGCGAGGCCCGCAACCCGGUCGUGCAGCAGUGGACAGAGAUGGACGCCGGCCUCACCGAGGGCCUCGCCGAGGCGCAGGAGAACGUGAAGUACCUGCAAUCGUUGGACACCUACUUCGAUGUAUUAUACACGUCCAACUUGCAGCGCAUCAUGUCGAUUAUUCCUACCCUCAUGGCGAACAUCCGCAUGAUGUACACCAUCGCCCGCUACUACCCUACGCAGGAGCACAUGACCGCGCUGUUCUUCAAGAUAACGAACGAGAUUGUGCUGGCCUGCAAGCGGGCCAUCAACCCGUCCGGCAACCGCUCCCGCAUCUGGGAGAUGACGCUCGACUCCGCCUCGCUGCAGGACCUGAUUGGCCGCCUGCAGGCGAGCGCGAAGCUGAACGAGGUGUACGUCCAGGAGUACCGCAAGGCGCAGGAGUACCUCGUCGCCAACAGCGGCAGCAGCGGCGGCCGCCUCUUCGACUUCGAUGAGCUGCGCUUCCUCGGCCACUUCAACCUCUUCGCGAAGCGCGUCGACAAGCUCAUCGCCGUCUUCCGCAAAGUGGAGCAGUUCCGUCUCCUGAAGAGCUUCCACGUGGACCAGAUGGCGGGCCUGCUGCCGCGUUUCGACGAGUACCUUGGCCACCUGCGCGGCAAGACGACGGACAUCCUUGACGUGCACGACAACAACAAGUUCGAUGUGGAGUUCAAGAUCUUUGAGAGCCGCCUGUCGGAGCUGGAGACGUCGAUGCAGGUCGCUAUCAACUCCUCCUUCGAGAACAUCACCUCCACCGACAACGCGCUGUUGUUGCUGAAGAAGUACCAAAAGAUUCUGCAGUCCGACACCUUCGCGGCGGACCUGGAGUCCAAGUACUUGGUCAUCUUCCACAGCUACGGCAUGGAGCUGGAGAAGGAUCAGAAGACCUACGAACGCUACAAGGAGGACCCGCCGAUGGCGCGCAAUAUGACGCCGGUCGCCGGCGCGAUCAGCUGGUCGCGCCAGCUGCUGCGCCACAUCAAGGAGCCAAUGGACAAGUUCAAGCAGAACCGCACCAUCAUGGCGAACACGAAGGACAGCAAGAAGGUGAUCCGCACGUACAACAAGGUGUCCAUCGCGCUGCUCGAGUUUGAGGCGAUUUGGCUGGACGCGUGGAAGCGCUCCAUCGAAUCGAGCAAGGCGGGCAUGAACGCGACGUUGCUGGUGCGCCACGAGGGCCGGCUCUACGUGAACUUCGACAACGAGAUCAACCAGCUCAUCAAGGAGACGCGCUCGCUGAUGCUGCUGGGCGACAUCGACGUCCCGUCCUCCGCCAAGGCGCUGCUCAUGCAGGAGCAAAAGCUAAAGGUCUUCUACAACGAGCUGACCUACCUCGUGCGGGAGUACGAGCGCGUGGUCGGUCGCCCCGGUGAGUCAACGCGCUGUGCCAUCAUCGGCAUCACGCGUCCGCUGCUGCAGGCCGCGAUAGAGAAGCUGGACGCGAUUAUCCGGCCCGGCGAGACGACGCUGACGUGGACGUCGAUGAAUGUUGACAUUUACCUCGAGCGGGUGCGAGACGGCAUUAACGAGGUGGACCACCUUGUCAGCAAAGUUAACGAGACGGUCGUGCAUCGCAUCCAGUCGAACCUAAAGUCGGUCUCCUCCACGCUGCUCGUGAACCUCUUCGAGGAGCACGUCUCGCUGGACCAGUUUGUGCAGCUGCAGGAGCGCCAUAUCCGCCAGCAGUGCGAGGUGAUGAACGUCAAAAACCGCGAGGUCGAGAGCGCCGUGGACGACGUGGUGGACAUCAUCGUCCGCUACAACCAGGCAAACACCGCCAGCAACACUUACAGCAAUAACAACAACGCUAGCGGCAACGACACGUCGACGGCGAUGGUGCCGGCGUCGAACGGCACGGUGUCCGCCCUCUCGAUGGACACCGUGACGCAGGAGAAGGUGCGCACGCUGAAAGGCCACUUUCAUCGUCUGAUGUUCAAAGCCAUCCUGACCUGCACGACCCGCUCGCUGAAUCUGCUGAAGAAGCGCGUCGGUACGCACAACCGCGUCGCCUUCCUCUUCUCCGAAACGCCGCUCUUCGACGUGGAUGUGCAACUGCUGAACACGGAGCCGUACCUAUUCCUGAACCCCUCGCUCGACGAGGUCCAGCUGACGAUUAACCAGUGCGCCACGGCGGUGCUGUCGUGCAGCAAGUACAUGACGCGCUGGCACUACUUCAACGAGGAGGGCGCUAACUUCUACGAGGAGAUCGCGCGCAACAAGGAGGUGGUGAAGGUGGUGCUGCUGCUGACGGGAAGCGUGCACGGGCUGAAGAAGCAGGUGAUGGAGUACUUGGGUUACUUCCGCAAGUACGAGGCGAUCUGGAAGGAGGACAAGGACGAGGCCUACGAGGUCUUCCUCAAGACGAGCCCCACCCUCGACGACUACGAGGCGAAGCUGGGCGAGUAUGUGGCGUUGGAGGAGGAAGUGGGAGCUGUCGCCUCGUGCUUCAACGUCGGCAGCCUGGCCCUGCAGAACAAGCCGCUUCAGCUGGAGCUGCUGCAGCAGAUCCGCAACUGGAAGGAUGUGUUCGUGAACAAGCUCUACGCCCAGGCACAGCGCCAGCUCGACACCCUGACACACAAGAUGGAGGACGAGGCCCACCAGCUGGAGCUGCCCAUCCCCGACCAGGACAAGCUGGAGGACCUGCGCGUGCUCAUGAACACGCUGCGCGACAUUCGCGAUCGCGAGUCGGUCGUCGAGUUCCAAUUCGCGCCGGUCCAGCAGUCCUACGCGAUGCUGCAGCGGUACACAUCGAUCAUCCCAAAGGAGGAGACGGAUCGCGUCGAGGACCUGCGCAUCAAGUGGCUGAAGCUGCACAAGGCCGCGCAGAAGCGCUCCGACGACAUCAACGUGAUGCAGCACGGUUUCAAGAAGGGCCUAACGCAGGAGGUGCAGAAGUUCAGCGCGGAGGUGGUCGCCUUCCGCAACGACUACGACUCGAACGGGCCGAUGGUGGAGGGACUGCCGCCGCAGGAGGCAAUGGAGCGCUUGAAGCGCUAUCAGCGCCAGUUCGACGACAAAUACCGCAAGUGGAUGACCUACAUGGCAGGCGAAGAGCUCUUUGGUCUGCCCGUGCACAAGUACCCGGAACUGGUGAAGACGAAGAAGGAGUUGGAGCUGCUGGACAAGCUGUACACGCUGUACAUCAACGUGCUACAGAAGGUCAACGGCUACAACGACAUUUUGUGGAGCGACCUCAACUUCGACGCCGUCUGCGAGGAGGUCAGCGUCUUCGUGAGCCAGUGCAAGCGGCUGCCCAAGUCGCUGCGCGACUGGGAUGCCUACGUGGAGCUGAAGACGAUCCUCGACAACUUCAUGGAGCUGCAGCCCGUCAUUCAGGAGCUGAAGAACCCGGCGGUGGUGGAGCGGCACUGGCAGGAGAUCAUGAAGGUGUCGGGGCACAAGUGGCGCACCGACCCCGACCUGUUCAAGCUGCAGGACCUCGUCGAUGCGAACCUGCUCGCUGUCGUGGAGGAGGUGGUCGACAUCGCCAUCUCGUCCGUCCGCGAAGCCGAAAUUGAGGCGAAGUUUCGCGCGCAGGAGGCGGUGUGGAAGGACCAGGAGUUGCACUUCAGCGAAUUCAAGCACCGCGGCCCUAUUGUGCUGAAGGGUGAUGACACCACCACGGUCCGCGAAGCCCUGGAGGAGUCGUCGCUCGCGGUGAACUCGAUGCUGUCCUCCCGCUACUGCGCCUUCAUGCGUGAGGCGAUCCAGAUGUUUCUGCAGAAGCUCGUCAAGGUGAGUGAGACCAUCACACUCUGGACGGAGGUGCAGUUCACCUGGCAGUACCUCGAGGCCGUCUUUGCAGGAGGUGACAUCAUGAAGCAGCUGCCGCAGGAAGCGAAGCGCUUCGCCAUCAUCGACAAGCAGUGGCAGAAGAUCAUGAACAAGGCGAACGAGACGCCGAACGUGAUUGGCUUCUGCUACGAGAAUGAGUUGCUGCAGAACCUGCCGACGCUGAAGGAGCAGCUCGACGAGUGCCAGCGCAAGCUCUCCCUCUACCUCGAGCAGAAGCGCAACCUCUUUCCGCGCUUCUACUUCGUGUCCGACACGGUGCUGCUGGAGAUCCUCUCGCAGGCCAGUGACCCACAGUCCAUUCAGCCGCACUUGUCCUCCAUCUUUGACGGUGUGUCCUCGGUGACCUUCGAGCGGGUGAAGCCGAAGGAGGCGGGCGUGCAGCCGUACUUCCAGGUGACAGAGAUGAUUUCCGGCGAGGGCCAGGUGCUGCCGAUGCAUGAGGCUACCCCGUGCGUCGGCAACGUCGAGGACUGGCUGACGCGGCUCUGCACCGGCAUGACGGAUACCGUCCGUGAGGUUGUGAAGUCGAGCGUGACGGAGCUGCCGACGCUGCUGAACAACACGGCCUACCUCGGCACGAUCAUCGACCGCUACCCGGCGCAGGUGUCGCUGCUGAUGCUGCAGUUCUUCUGGACGGCAGAUGUGACGGACUGCAUUCACCGUGGUGCGAUGCGGGCGCGCGGUAAGGAGGCCGCCGCCUCCCGCUCUAAGUGUGAUGCGGUGAAGAACUACCUCGUGAACAUCACCACCUCGCCGGAUCUGGAGCGGAAGCCGCUGCGCAUGCGCACGAACAUCGAGACCCUCAUCACGAUUCAAGUGCAUCAGCAGGAGGUCUUCAUGGAGCUGCAGAAGUCUGGCAUCAAGGACAUCACUCACUUCGAUUGGCUGAAGCAGGCCCGCUUCUACUACCGCCCCGAGCGCGACGCCACGAUCAUCUCCAUCGCCGACUCGGACACGGAGUACAGCAACGAGUACCUUGGCGUGAAGGAGCGUUUGGUCAUUACCCCGCUCACGGAUCGGUGCUACAUUACGCUGUCGCAGGCGCUGGCCAUGUACAUGGGCGGUGCCCCGGCUGGCCCGGCCGGGACGGGUAAGACGGAAACGACUAAGGAUCUCGCCCGCACCUACGGCAAAUUCUGCGUCGUGUUUAACUGCUCCGAUCAGCUCGACCGCCACGCGAUGGGAAAGAUCAUCCGUGGCCUGUCGCAGGCCAACGCGUGGGGAUGCUUUGACGAGUUCAACCGUAUCGAUCUCCCCGUUCUGUCUGUCGUGGCGCAGCAAGUCAGCUGCGUGUUGCAGGCCCUGAAGCAGCACAAGGAGAAAUUCAUCUUCAUUGACGGCCAGGUGACCGACCUGAUGCCCGGCGUCGGCUUCUUCAUCACGAUGAACCCCGGCUAUGCGGGUCGUCAGGAGCUGCCAGAGAACCUAAAGAUUCUGUUCCGUGGUGUGACGAUGAUGGUGCCGGACCGCCAGACGAUUAUGAAGGUGAAGCUCGCCUCGCAGGGGUACAGCCAGGACGAUCUGCUGAGCAAGAAGUUCUUUAUUCUGUACAAGCUGUGCGAGGAGCAGCUGUCGAAGCAGCGCCACUACGACUUUGGCCUGCGCAACAUUCUGUCGGUGCUGCGUACCGCCGGUGCGGUGCUGCGGCGUAACCCCGGCAAGGACGAGGAGGACCUUUUCAUGCGUACGCUGCGUGACAUGAACCUGUCGAAGCUAGUUUUCGAGGAUAUCGAUCUCUUCGACUCGCUGCUGCGUGACAUGUUCCCCGGGCGGCAGUUCGUCAAGGGCACCCACCCCGAGAUCGAGGGGGAGCUGAAGAAGGUGGUGGAGGAGAAGGGUCUCAUCUACUGGACGCCGUGGGUGAGCAAGGUGCUGCAGCUGUACGAGACGAAGCUGGUGCGGCACGGCAUCAUGGUGGUGGGCCCUGCGAUGUGCGGUAAGACGCAGUGCUAUGACGUCAUGACGGACACGCUCUCGCGCACGACGGUGCCGCACCAGCAGCUGCGCAUGAACCCGAAGGCGAUUACCGCCCCGCAGAUGUUCGGCCGCGUCGACGUGACCGGCGACUGGCACGACGGCGUCUUCUCCUCCCUGUGGCGCCAGGCCGUGCGCAACGCCAAGAAGAAGAACUUCUGGAUCAUCUGCGAUGGUCCGGUGGACGCCAUUUGGAUUGAGAACCUCAACACCGUGCUGGACGACAACAAGCUGCUCACCCUGGCGAACGGCGAUCGUAUUCAGAUGAGCGACACGAUGAAGUGCUGCUUCGAGGUAGAGAACCUGGCGAACGCCUCGCCGGCCACCGUCUCGCGCGCCGGUAUCGUGUACAUUUCCGAUGUGAUUCUCGGCUGGAUGCCGGUGCUGGAGUCGCGCCUGCGGGCGAGGAUGGAUGCGGAUGGGCAGAUGCUACCGCGCGACGUCGUCAAGCGCUGCAACCCGCAGCUCGCGGAGAAGCUGCUGUCGAUCUUUCUGCCGCGCAGUCCGGACUCGCAAACAGUGCCGGAGAACUGCGUCACGAACCAAAUCGCGGAGUUCUACAGCCACGAGUGUAGCGUGGUGAUGCGCACGUCGGUCGCGCACCUCGUGGAGAACGCGUUCCACCUUGCUGUGGCCCUCGGCGAUGAGCUGGGCGACGGCGCCAACGUGUCGCAGCAGAUGGCGGAGAAGAUCUACUGGUUCUGCAUGGCCUGGUCCUUCGGUGGCACGCUGGAGCUGCGGGAUCGGGCGCGAUUUGACCAGUUCGUGCGCAGCAAGUUCUCUGCCCUGCCCGCCCCCGCCGAAGGCUACAUCUUCGACUUCUCCCUAAACUGCAAGACGGGUGAGUGGGAGCCGUGGACGCAGUACGUGGAGCAGUGGCGCUAUCCCGGCGAUGACCGGCUCGACUUCUCCUCGCUCUUUAUCCCGACGGCAGACUCGGUCCGCAUGCACUACCUCGCCAGAUGCAACUUCCUGCAAAGCCGUCCGACGCUCUUUAUCGGUGUCAGCGGCACAGCCAAGACGGUGACGGUGGAGCAGUUCCUCGGCCAGGUGAAGGCGAACGACGACCAGAGCAACUUCCGUAAGGUGAACUUCUCAUCUAUGACGCUGCCGCAGAACUUCUACAACACGCUCGAGGACAUGACGGAGAAGAAGAUGGGCUCGAACUACGGCCCGAAGAGCUGCACGCAGCUCACCGUCUUCAUUGACGACAUCAACAUGCCGGAGAUCAACGAGUGGGGUGACCAAAUCACGAACGAGAUUGUGCGGCAGGUGGUCGAGAUGAGCCAGGUGUACGACCUCAGCAGGCCGGGCCUGCGCCGCGAGUUCAAGGGGCUCGUGUUUAUGGCGGCCAUGUCGCACCCGUCAGGCGGCAAGAACGAUAUUCCCAACCGGCUGAAGCGCCACUUCACGGUGCUCAACAUGCCGCUACCGGAGGAGGCGAACAUCCAGCAAAUCUUCGGUACAAUCUUCGAGGGACGGUUCUGCAACGACAACUACGCGCAGGGCGUGCAGGACGUGGCGCGCAUCCUGACGAAGAUGUCCAUCAGCUUCUGGGAGGCCAUCGGCAAGCGCAUGCUGCCCACCCCCGACAAGUUCCACUACUUCUUUAACCUGCGCGACCUUUCGCGGAUUACGCAGGGCGUCAUGCUGGCGGGUAUGCAGUCCGACCCGGACCGGCCGGAGAAGCGAGCGGAGAGCAAGCCGUGGGAGAUCAUCACCGACCCGGUCACGCUGCUGCGGGUGUGGAAACACGAGUCGGCGCGUGUCUUCAGCGACAAGCUGAACAGCGUCGCCGACAAACGCUGGUUCGAUGCGAACAUUCAGGACUGCAUGGCGGAGCACCUCUCCACGACGCCCUACAAGGACCUGGUGGAGCAGGCGCGCGAGCCCGUCUACAUGGCGAACUUCAUGCGCGAUCCGAUUAUCGACCCGGAGACCGGCGAGCAGGUCGAGCCGGCGCCGCGCAUCUACGAGGUGGUCCCGUCCAUGGAGACGGUGCUGCAGCGUCUCAUGGGCGCCAUGCAGGCCCACAACGAGACCCCGAUGGGUCGCAUUAAGAAGCUGAACCUCGUCCUUUUUGAGGCGGCGCUGAAGAACGUGUGCCGCAUCUCCCGCUGCCUCUCGCUGCCGCGCGGCAACCUACUGUUGGUCGGUGUCGGUGGUAGCGGCAAGCAGUCACUGGCCCGCCUCGCCGCCUUCGUCAACGGCCACGACUUCGCCACACUGACCAUCUCCAAGGGCUUCGGCGUCAACCAGCUUUUCGAUGCGAUUCGCGAGCAGUACGUCAGCGCGGCCACGAAGAAGCCGGUGACGAUGCUCUUCACGGACAACGACAUCAAGCAGGAGGUCUUCCUCGAAUACAUCAAUUCCUUUCUCUCCAACGGCGAGAUUGCCGGCCUCUUCGCGAGCGACCAGCGCGACUCCGCCAUCAACGACGUGCGUCCGAUCAUGAGGAAGGACCCGUACGCGCGAUUCGAGGACAUGUCGGAGCCGCUGUGGAAGUACUUCAUUGCCCGCGUCCGCGAGCGGCUGCACUUCGUGCUCUGCUUCUCGCCGGUGGGCGACCGCUUCCGCACCCGCGCUCGCAAGUUCCCCGCGCUCAUUUCGUCGUGCAUGAUCAACUGGUUCUUCCCGUGGCCGAAGCAGGCCUUGCUGGACGUCUCCUCGCGCACCAUCGAGAGCUUCGAGAUGGCCACCGAGGACAAGAACAAGAAGGCGCUGGUGGAGCUGAUGGCGGAGAUCCACACGCUGAUGCUCGAGCGCUCCGAGGAGUACCUCGCGCGGUACCGCCGCAGCGUCUACAGCACCCCCAAAUCGUACCUCAGCUUCAUCGAGAGCUACACGACGGUCUACACGAAGAAGUUCAAUGAACUCAACGACGAGGCGAAGAAGAUCAACAACGGCCUCAAGAAGCUCCAUCAGGCCGCCGAGGAUGUGCGAGUGAUGCGGACGCAGCUGCAGGAGAAAGAGGUGUUGCUGAACAACAAGCGCAAGGAGACGGACGCCCUCGUGCGAGAGAUCGAGGUGCGCACCGCCGAGGCGCAGAAGAAGAGGGCGGAGGUCGAGGUGGUGAAGGAGGCGGUGGCCCACGAUGCCGCCAUCGUCGCGAAGGGCGAAGCGGAGGCGAAGAAGGAUCUGGAGGCGGCCGAGCCGGCGCUGAUUGAGGCGAUUGAGUCGCUGAACUCCAUCACGGCGAACGACUUCGUGACGCUGAAGAAGCUGGCGAACCCACCGGCGCUGAUUAAGCGCAUUUUCGAUGCCGUGUCGAUUCUGCUGCACCGUCCCCUCACCGUGCCGAGCUCUGAGCAGGUGAAGGGCUCGCUGUGGAUCACCGACUCGUGGGAGUUCUCGGGUCGCCAGCUCGCCUCCGACGCGAGCACGCUCGAUCAGCUGAAGAACUUUGGUGAGACGAAGAAGGACUACAUCAACGAGGAGACGUGCGAGCUGCUACUGCCGUACUUGUGGAUGGAAGGCUUCACCGCCGAUGCGGCCCGCAAGGCGUGCGGUAACGUGGCCGGUCUGUGCACGUGGGUGAGCAGCAUGUACAAGUACAUCAACAUCGCCAAGGUGGUGGCCCCCAAGAAGGAAGCGCUGCGCAUCGCCACGAUCCAGCUCCGCGCCGCGAACAAGAAGAAGGAGGAGCAGGAGGAGGAGCUGGCCCGUGUGACGGCCGAGGUGGACGGCUUCAACGCCCAGCUCAGCGAAGAAAACGCCAAGAAGCAGGCCUUGGAGGAGGACGCAAACCGGACGAAGCAGCGCAUGGACAGUGCCAACGGCCUCAUCGACGCCCUCUCCGGCGAACGGGAGCGGUGGACGCAGCAGAGCAACGAGUUCAAGACUCUUAUCGACCGGCUUGUCGGAGAUGUGGCGCUCAGCUGCGCCUUCAUUUCGUACUGCGGCCCGUUCAACUCCGAGUUCCGUAACCAGCUGCUGUACGAGUACUUCUACCCCAAGUGCAAGCAACUGAACAUUCCCGUCACGCCGGACCUGAACGUGGUGCGCUUCCUGGUGGACGAGACGACGAUCGCGGAUUGGCAGCUGGAGGGCUUGCCGGCGGAUAACCACUCCAUCCAGAACGCCAUCAUGAUCACAACGAGCUCCAAGUAUCCGCUGAUGAUUGAUCCGCAAGGACAGGCGCUGAACUGGGUGCGUAAGCGCACCGAGGAUUUGCAGAACAAGGUCGUGCGAAUGAAUGAUCGCACUUUCUCCAACAGCCUGCAGGAGCAACUCGACCAAGGUCGCCCCCUGAUCGUGGAGAACAUCCCGGAGGAGGUGGACACGAUGCUGGAUCCGGUGCUGGAGCGGCAGGUGGUGCGCAGCGGGCGCACGCUGCUGAUGAAGAUCAACGGCGAGGAUAUGACCUACAACGAGAAAUUCUCGCUCUUCAUGACGACGAAGCUGCCGAACCCCAGCUUCACGCCUGAGCUGUUCGCCAAGUGCCUCGUGAUCGACUUCACCGUGACGAUGGAGGGCCUGGAGCAGCAGCUGCUGUCGCAGGUGGUGAGCCGCGAAAAGGCGGAGCUGAACGAGGAGAGCGCGAAGCUGUCGGAGGACAUCAACAACAACGAGAAGCGCCGCAAGAACUUGGAGGACCGCCUCCUGAAGCAGCUGAGCGAGUCGCAGGGCAACCUGAUCGACGACGUGGAUCUCAUCAACACUCUGCAGGAGACGAAGGACGCGUCGGCGGAGAUUGCCGAGAAGCUGGCGACGGCCAUGGAAACGAAGAAGCGCAUUGCCGGCGCACGGGAGGAGUACCGCCCAGUGGCCAGCCGCGGCGCCGUGUUGUACUUCCUCGUUGUGCAGAUGUCUCUCGUGAACCACAUGUACCAGACCUCGCUCGUCCAGUUCAACGGCAUCUUCGACAACUCCAUUCUCCGCUCGGAGCACCACCCCGUCACGGCGAAGCGCAUCCAGUGCAUCAUUGACCACUUCACCCUCGCCGUCUUCAAGUACGUGAUCCGCAUGCUCUUCUCGAAGCACAAGCUGCUCUUUGUGCUGCUGCUUGCCUGCAAGAUCGAGAUGAAGGCCGGCCGGCUCGACACCGUCGCCUUCGAGGCGCUCUUGAAGGGUGGUGGCGGCGUGCAGGUGGACCGCGCGAAGCCGUUCAGCUGGCUGAAAGACAAGGCGUGGGCGAACGUGAUGGCCAUCGCACAGCAGGUGCCGCGCGUCUUCAAGCAGCUGCCCGACCUCAUCAUGCGCAACGAGCAGCAGUGGCGGCCGUACAUCGAGGCGGAGGCGAUGGAGUCGAUGGCAACGCCGGACAUUAACGAGAAGAUGGAGUCGUUUGAGCGGCUGCUGCUGGUGCGGGCACUGCGCGAGGACCGCACGAUGCUCGCCGCGACGCAGUACAUCGCAACGACGCUGGGCAAGACCUUCGCCGAGGCGCAGCAGCUGGAUCUGUUGGACGUCGUGGAGGAGACGACGGGGCUGACGCCGAUCGUGUUUCUGCUCUCACAAGGCAGCGACCCCACGACGCUCAUCGAGGCGAGUGCGAAGAAGCUGAAGAAGAAGAUCUAUCCCAUUUCGAUGGGCCAGGGCCAGGAGGAGGCCGCCAUGAACAUCGUCAGCUCCGCGUGGCAGAACGGUGACUGGGCGCUGCUGCAGAAUUGUCACUUGGGCCUGCCCUUCUUGAUACAGCUGGAGGAGCGUCUGCGCGUGCAGUCGAUGGCAGCCGUGCCGGGGGAGAGGAAGGCGGAGAUCCACGAGGAGGCCCGCAUCUGGAUCACCUCCGAGCCGCACCUGUCCGUGCCAAUCGGCCUGCUGCAGAUGUCCAUUAAGCUGACAAACGAGCCGCCGCAGGGCAUCAAGGCCGGCCUCAUCCGCACCUACUCGUGGAUGUCGCAGGACUACCUCGAGAUGUUCCGCCGACCCGAGUGGCGACCGAUGCUCUUCACGCAGUGCUUCCUGCACUCCGUGGUGGUGGAGCGGCGCAAGUUCGGCCCGAUCGGCUUCAGCGUGCCCUACGAGUUCAACCAGGGCGACUGGACGGCGUCGGUGCAGUUCUUGGUCAACCACAUGACGACUAUCGGCGAGCAGCUGCGCAACCCGGUGAACCGCGACACCGUGUGCUACAUGGUAGCGGACAUCCAGUACGGUGGUCGCAUCACCGACAACAACGACCGCGCCCUCUUUAAGGCCAUCACAGAGUUCCUGUACGACAACCACAUCACCAACCCCGAGAAGUGCAAGGACGGCAAGGAGAUGACGGAGUUCUACCCGGGCUACGGCAUUCCGCUCUUCGACGACAUCAACAAGCACCGCGACUUUAUCCGCGAGACCUACCCGGAGGUCGACACGCCGGAGGUGUUUCAAAUGCACCCGAACCAGGACAUCACCUACCGCACGCGGCAGGCGCAGGAGGUGCUCGCGACGAUUCUGGAUGUGCAGCCGCGUGGCGCGACCACCACCGGUGGCGUCACCCGCGAGGAGAAGGUGCUCGCCAUGACGGACAGCUACCUGAAGCUGCUACCGUCGGACUGGACGGUGGACCGCAAGGGCCACCUUGGCGACCGCCAGCCGCUCUCCAUUUUCGCCUGCCAGGAGAUCGACCGCCUGAGCGUGGCGAUCAAGGUGGUGCGCAAGACCUGCCAGGACUUGAAGCUCGCCGUCGCCGGGACGAUCAUCUUGACCCCCGCCCUGCAGGACGCGCUGGACUUGCUGUACGACGCGCGUGUGCCGACGACGUGGGUGGCGGUCGGCUGGCCGUCACCGAACAUCGCCCUCUGGAUCGCGGAGCUGGUGCGGCGCUACGAGCAGCUGCAGGCGUGGGCGACGAGUGGGCGGCCGCAGGUGUACUGGCUGCCCGGCUUCUUCAACCCGCAGGGCUUUCUCACCUCGGUGCGCCAGGAGAUUACGCGCAGCCACUCGAAUGAAGCGGUGCCGUGGGCGCUUGACAAGGUCGAGACCCGCACGGAGGUGCGCAGCUCCGAGUACCGCCCGGGGCAGGAGGCGAAAGCGGACGACCUGCGUACCGAGAAGGGUGAGGUGGUGAUCUACGGCCUGUUCCUGGAGGGGGCCAUGUGGGACCGCGUGAACAAGCGGCUGAAGGACCCGCUGCCGGGCGACCUCUACCGCGAGCUGCCGAUGUUGCUGGUGUCUGCCUUUAACAAGGAUGCCCCGCAGCAGGCCGCCGCGCAGCCGACAAAGCCCGGCGCUGCGAAGGAGAAGAAGACGAAGCAGGAGUACUACCGGUGCCCAGUGUACAAGUACCCUAGCCGCUCGGACAACAACUGGAUCUUCGACGUGCGCCUGCCGGUGGCGGAGGACGACGCGUACUGGCGUAUGCGCGGUGUGGCACUGCUGGGUACGACGGAUUAA